ACUGGUUUUUUUUUAUAUAAAUGCAAAAUUUCAAGAUAAUUUACUUGGCUAAUUUUGUUUGACUUUCGAAAGCAACUAACGCUCUGUGAAUCUUUAUCUUUCCCACAGUGACUGAGAAAGGACAUCCAUCUUUAACGAGAAUAUUCCUCCAUCCGUGAAAAACAGGAACUUAAGGUCGCAAUAGGGUUGCCAUAGCGAUGGAGACACGCAGAUCCAAAGUGCGCCCGUAGCUUAACACAACUUUUAAAAGUUUUAACAAAUAUUUUUUAUAAUUUAAAUCUUCUCCGAAUUAUUUGGUUAUCAAAGUAAACCUGUGUGAAUUGACUGAACUCAGAAGUGCUGUUCCCUGCACUCUGUGGAGACGCCCAUUCUGUGUAACGGAGCCUGAUUUAUGGUCUGGGAAUUUAUCAGCGUCCAGUCCACGAGUGAAGGAAAGUGUUAGCGUUACACGGCAGCAACAGUGAACACAACUGAACAGUGUGGCUCACAAGGUAAGAUGUCUGUCAAAAUAGUUGUUAUUAUUUAAACCAGUAAAUAAUGUUGGGAAAUAAUGACGACAACGUGUUAAGCUAACCCGAGAGACAGUAAAUAGACACAUUCUUCAGGCGUCAGAUUUUUCAUGCUAAGUUGUUUUUCAUUACAAUUUAGCAAUUUUUUCUCCUGAAAUUCUAUUAUUUUGGCAAUUGUGGUCUAUUCUUAGCCGAGUUUGUCUAUUUCACAAAACAUAAAUUAAAUUGUCAAAUCUUUAAGAAACCAAUGAGAAUAUAAAGGGCAAAUGUAUGUGUUUUAAUUUGUAUUUUGUCCUAGACCCUUGUUAUUUCCAUGACAAAAAUAGUCACUAUUUGGGUUAGCUGUAUUCUGCAGUGAUGUCAUUGUUAUUAUCCCACUGAAGUUAAAUGUUGGAAUAUGACUAAAAACUAGCAGAGUGAAGCUGAAUUAUUUAUUCUGCCAAAAAACAAACAAACAAACAAACAAACAAAAAAAAAACAUUGACAUUAAAAUGUAUUUUUUAGGUGUCAAAGGGAAAACCCAUCCUUGAGAACAUGGUGAAGAAAAAAAACAUCCAAGUUCGUACCAAACAACCUUCCACAUGCAGGGCCACAACUCCUGUAUCCCAGAUUGCAGAGAGUGAAGCCCUGGAUCCUUUGAAGGAGUCAACACACCAUCGUGCUCCUGCUGCUCCUCUGGAGCUCCAAACCACUGAUGAGAUUCCACAGGGCUUUCCAGACAGAGUGUAUCUUUUAGCAGCAGCCAUCUUUCAGAACAACCACCUGCAGAAACCAGCUGCCCAUCGUUUGGUGAAUUACGGCAAACAGAGAGGACUUCCACUGCCUGAGGUCAAAGAUGAGGAGAUGAGACGCGCCGCUUACGAACUUGCCUUCAAUACAUUAAAAUACCAAGAUCUGCUGGAGGACAUCAUGAUUGACAGCUGCCUUCACCUCCCGCCGUCAAUACCUGAUGAUGAGAUGAGCCUUGCUGCUGUCGUGCUGUAUGACCUCCAGGACAGGAAGUUCAUGCCACGAAGACACCACCAGGGGCAAACGGAGGAGAUCAUAGCAGAAGCCAGAAGCAUUGAGAACUACCUCACGGGGUGUUCAACCAAACUGGCUGCCUCUCUGGCCCGCUGCAGAAUCAAACACAAUGUCCUGUCCAUUCACUGUAUCCUUCCACGCAGUGUGAGGAUCAAGCAGGGAAGAUCAAACUGUCUUCCACACUACGCUUGGGUCAACACAAUGAAGAGCAGCCUCGAUGAGGUCCAGGCUGUUCUGAAGAGUUCAGGCUUCUCCCAGGUUAAAUCAGCCGCACACCUGGAAGGCCAGAGCUUCUGUCGAGAUCCACACUGUGGGGAUCUACUGGUGUUUCCGGCUGGACUAAAACCUCGUCUGAAUUCCACCAAUCUGCUCACUGACCACAAACUCACCAUCCAGGAUAAGUUCUGCAGCCUGGGGCCCAACCUGGUGUGCUCCGUGUUACCAGCGCGGGGAGAUGUUCUCAUGGUGGGCCACUUCUCAGGCCUGACUGUGGCCCACACUGCAUCGCUAGUUGCUUGGAAACACACAACCCAACAGAACAGCAACAACCAGAGCACUGUUUAUGUUUGUGUCAGCGGUACGGAGGCUCGGAGGCAGGAAAUACAGCAAGUCGUCACAACCAUGGGCUGCAAAAACGUGAAGCUGAUGCCGGGGGUCUUCCAGUCCUUGGACCGUGCUGAGAAGACACUUCAGAGGGUUCGCGUUAUUCUGCUAACCCCCAGGUGUUCCAUGUCUGCAGUCAGCGAUCCAGUCCAAUUUAUUUUGCAGGAGAAUGGAGGUGUGUAAGUCCAUUACAAACCCUUUUGUGUCAUAACAAAAAGUCACAAAACAAAUUACCAUUUAGCCAAAAUUUUCUAACUUUUUUUUCAAACUUUUUUCAAAAUGUUUCACCAUGUCAUGACACACGGAAUCAGGAAUUUACUGUAAAAUUUCCCAAAAGAUUUCCCAAAAAAAAUUCCAAAAAAUGUCUUAAAUUGAUGAGAAACAUGCAGAAGAUAAAAUGUAGAAUUUAUUUUUUUUAAAAUGAAGAAAAUUUUGAUCAAAAUGUUUCACCAUCUGACAAUAAUGAAAGUUUUGCUGAAAAAUGUACCAAAUAUUUUAAC